GCCUGUUUUAAAAUCGAUUGACAGCGUCUGCGAAUUUGCUUUGGUGUUCGCAAAAAGUGCAGUGCAUUUGAUCUAAUUGUGAAAUAUUUUUUAAAAUUAAAGAAAUUAAAUAAGUUUUAUUUCAACAUUAUUCCCUUAUAUUUUCGUUUCAAAUUGAAUAAAGCAUGCCGGGCGUAGCUCCUUUAUCCACAGGCGUUAUAGAGCGUAUAAUGCGAGGCGAAGAUGUGGACAAGCCGGUCUUACAAAUUCUAGGUACAAAGAAAAUAACUGGAGGUGAAACGGAUCGUUUGCGCUUACUAAUUUCAGAUGGGAAAUUUAUCAACAGUUAUUCCAUGUUAGCUACACAACUGAACCAUUUGCAUGCAGAGGGCAAACUUUCCGAGUAUACCAUAGUCCAGGUGGAUAAGUACAUUACAUCUGUGGUUAAUGGCAAGGAUACUGGGAAGCGUGUGCUUAUCAUACUUGAGCUGACUGUUUUAAAUCCUGGAGCAGAAGUUGGAGGAAAAAUCGGAACACCAGUUUCUUAUACCGAAGAAGCCGCAUCGCAAAGCAAUAAAGCAAAUGCUAGUAGUUCCAGUGCAACCACUAAACCUACUGCUCCAAUCAACAAUGCAAGAAAAGAGACCAAACCAUCCCUUUACAACAACAACAACAAUAUUUCAUUGAACCAAUCUCUAAAUUCAGGACUUACCGUUCCUAUCUCAAGUCUAAGUCCAUAUCAAAAUAAAUGGGUAAUAAAAGCACGUGUAAUGACCAAGGGACCAAUGCGUACAUGGAGCAAUGCUAAAGGCGAAGGCAAACUGUUCAGCAUGGAUUUAAUGGACGAAUCGGGGGAAAUACGUGCUACCGCUUUCAAGGAAACGGCAGAGAAAUUCUACGAUUUAAUAGAAGUUGACAGGGUAUAUUAUAUAUCUAAAUGUCAGCUAAAGCCUGCAAAUAAGCAAUUUAGUUCGCUAAAAAAUGAUUACGAAAUGACCCUCACCGGCGAAACACAGAUUCAAGCUUGCGAAGAGGAUGAUAAUGAUAUACCAGAAAUAAAAUACGAUUUGGUGCCCAUAUCCCAACUGGCUAACCUUGAACCACGUACUAGCGUCGAUACAAUUGGCAUUUGUAAAGAAGUUGGCGAACUGCAGUCGUUCACUUCACGAACCACCAAUAAAGAAUUCAAAAAGCGCGAGCUAACGCUUGUAGAUUCAAGCAACACUGCUGUGACUUUAACACUUUGGGGUGAUGAUGCUGUUAACUUCGAUGGCUACGUCCAACCGGUGAUUUUGGUAAAAGGAGCGCGUGUGAAUGAAUAUAAUGGCGGCAAAAGUAUACAAAUGGGUAAUGGAGCUGUUAUGAAAAUAAAUCCCGAUAUACCGGAAGGUCAUAAGCUACGAGGUUGGUUCGAUAACGGUGGUGGCGAGCAUAUCUCAACAAUGAUUUCAACCAGAACUGCUGGCGCUGGCGGUGGAUUUAGCACAGAGUGGUUAACAUUCCAUGAGGCCCGCGACCGUAAUUUAGGCGCAGGCGAUAAGCCAGACUACUUUCAAUGCAAAGCCGUGGUGCAUAUUGUUAAAAGCCAAAAUGCGUUCUAUAAAGCUUGUCCUCAACAGGAUUGUAAUAAAAAGGUUAUUGAUGAGAACAAUGGACAUUAUCGUUGCGAGCGAUGUAAUGCGGUUUUCCCCAAUUUCAAGUAUCGACUUUUAAUAAAUAUGAGCAUUGGCGAUUGGACUUCGAAUCGUUGGGUUACUUGCUUUAGUGAAGUGGGUGAACAAAUGUUGAAACGUUCCGCACAAGAGAUUGGUGAUCUGCUGGAAAAUAAUCCACCGGAAGGUGAAGAAGUGCUGUCUUCCAUCAACUUUAAUUCGUACAUUUUUAAAUUACGCAGCAAAAUGGAAAUGUUUGGUGAUAUGCAACGUAAUAAGUUGACGGUACAGUCGGUUGCUCCGCUAGAUUACAAAGAUUACAACAAAUAUUUGAUUAAUAACCUGAAGGAAUUAACUGGUAUUAAUAAGAUUUAAUGAAAUCUCAAAUUGUUUCAGAGAAUAUAUUUAUGUUUACAUAUUUUUUAACUGCACACAAUUAUUAAUAAAAUAUUUCUAUGUUACAUCUA